AGGUUUAUAAAACUCAGUGCCAGCGAUCGAACAACUAACGGUCAUAUUUUUCAAAAACAUUUAAAACCCUAAAAGCCAGCUCCCUUUAUCUUGACCAGUGGACCGUUUUGGCUGUGCUUUCAGCCUUCCAUCUUCCCUACUCCUCGCCGCCAUUAAAGCUCCUCUCUCUCUCUCUCUCUCUCUCUCUCACUCUCUGCAUCAAAAACCUGCCAUGAUUAUCUAAUCUCCAUCCACUGACUUUUGACUCCAAACCCACUUUACGUCACUCCAGCAUGGGCUGCUUUACGGCUUGCUUCCGCCAUUCAAAGCACAAGAGGAUCAUAAACUCUGAUGACAAUAAUAUUGCUCCCUCCAGAAAUCAGUGUCUUCAGAGUCUGCUGCAUAGCCAUGAUGAUGGUGAUGUGAGUGAAGCUAUCAUAAAAGAAGCUCAGACUGUGGAUUCUAUCAAGCCCAUUGCUAAUUCAAAGGAUGAGGAGGAAGAAGAGGUGAAUAGGAGCAGCAGGAAGAAGGUUACAUUUGAUCUGAGUGUUAAAACCUCUGAGGAGUGUUCAAACCAGGAAGAACAGAAGAAAGGAGAAAAUGAGGAGGCAGAGAAAAGUUUGACAUCAUAUCCUCUGAAUCACAGGUACCAUAACUGCAGCACAAAUGGUGAAGAUGAAUAUGAUGCAUGGGUUCAAGAAGAGUCUUCUGAGUCACUAUUUUCUCUGUCAAUAGAGUCCAGGAAGAGCAUUUCUCAGCCUGAAAUGCCUGACAAGGAAGAAGUCAGUAGCAGUCCUUUGAUUCCCUCUCAAAAGGAUGCAAAAACCAUUGUUGGGUUGAAUCAAUCUGAUCUUGUUGGGUUUAAUCAAUCUGAUCAAUCUGUCUUGAAUCCCAUUGAAAAUAUGAGUCAAUGGAAAGCAGCCAAGACGACCUGCACGGGUAACUCAGCUGGUUUCUGGGUAGAAGAUUGUGGGACCAAGAAACCAUUGCAGGGUGAAGAAAAGGAGAACCAGAAUCUUGAUUGGAAUAGCAAAGAGAGAGAGAUUGAAGAAAAGGAGAACCACCAGAAUGUUGAUUGGAAGAGCAAAGAGAGAGAGAUUGCAGUGGAUACUAGCCUGUCUAGCUGGUUAGUAGGGUGUGAGAAGAGGACACCAAACUCUAAGAACAGUUCAGAAUCUGUUGGCAACUCCCCUUCAGAUCAGAGAAGAAAGUCUGCAGAGGAAUCUGGGGAGGACAAGCCUGUUUUGGGAGCUUGGAGCCAUGAAGAACUCAAGGCUCUAUCCAAAUCUUCUUCAUCUCCUAGAUGCAGCAGCCCAGAUGAGAUGCCCAUUUUAGGAACUGUGGGGAGUUACUGGAAGCACACAGGGCAGGCUACAGACUCAGAUUCUGGGUCAUCUUGCAGGGGAGGAGUUUCAGGUGAAUCAAAGGGAAGAAGAAGAAGAACUAUAAACCAAAUCCCCACUCCAUUUCAGACCAGAUUAGAUAGUGCAGCCUUCAAUGCUUAAAUUUCAAAAAUGGACUGAACCCGAACCCCGAGAAUCCCCCUCGUGCUAUCCCGACAGACAAGAUAAUUGGAUUUGCCUCACCCCGAGGAGGUAAAUUGCAUAACUUUAAACCUUAUGGCGGUCAACAACACAGAGCUAUCGAAUUUCGUUUAAAUUUCGAGAGACAAUGACUAGUAGUAGUUACUAUACUAUUUAGCAAUAAUGUAGCAUAAAAUGCUUUAGUUCUUGAAUCUGUAUGCUUAUCAGUAUUCAAUAAAAAUUGAUGUCAUUAUUA